GCGGGGCUGAGCCACGGAGGGGAUGGAGCUGCCACCAGCCUCGCCUCUCUUCCCCACAGCCCGGGUAUCGCCUCCCCUUGCCCGGCCGCGCCACUCCUUAGGCCGUGCAGGGUGAUCGCCGGCGCGAGCGCGGGCGCGGGUGGGCAACACCUCACCCUGGACUGGAGACCAGGGCUCGCCAGGGCAACCUCACGGGGACUCCUCGCGUCCCAGGUGACCUGCACGUCUCCCGAGCGCUGGAAGACCCCGAUCCGAACGAAGCUGCGUGCCCUCCUCCCCGGUUCCCGGGGCGGGGAAUCGUUGUGGGGCUCGGCCGCUGGGCCCCGGGCUCCCGGGUAGCCCAUGGCGGGUAGCGACCUGGCUAGUGAGGGGUCAUCGCCGAGGGGCGGCGCGACCCGGAGAACCGGGGCCACCGGCGGGCUGCGGAGCCAGACGGCCGCCAGCUGCCCGGAGCCGCUGUCCGCUGCUGAAGCUCCGGCCGAGCGUGGCGCGCUGCCCGCCUGGAUGCGCCUCUACUUCUAUGGGAUGCACGGCAUCACCCUGGACGUGCUGGUGUCCUCUGCCAGGCGCUUCGCCCGCAGCCUUGAUCUGCGGAUGCUGGGCUUCUCUUCGCCCUACCGCUGCCUCCUGCACUCGCUCACCCACUUCGCCCUGGAGCAGCUCUACCUGCAGCGGCCGCGCUGCCCCAGCGCCUUCCUCUUCAAUUUCCUACUCUACCCCUCUGCGCACGUCGGGCUGCAGACCCUGGCGGGUCAGGCGCUAAGGCUCAGCCUAGGCGGCGGGCCGGGGGGCGCGGCAGAGCCCGGGGCGCUCGACCUGGCGCUGCAGUACGUGCUCGCGCUCUACCACGGCCAAGUGUUCCUGAAGCGCUUCCUGCGUUUGCGGUACCCACGGCAGCGGGAGCAGCAAACCAGGGACACAGUACCCGCAGCCCCGGACGCCCAGAUCCUUUGGGAGGCUGGUGGCCAGCGACGAGGACCCCAAAGUCCAAAGGGCAUAGAAAGAUCCCCUACCCAGGGACUGCCUGACCUCCUUCGCUUCCUUUUCUUCGGAAUGCACGGCUUUCUGGAUGAGAUCUUCUUCACCUUCUUCUUCAAUGUGCUGGGACAGGGGGACGGGACCAGCAGUGGUCACACAUCUCUCUGGUCUUUCUUCAUGUAUGGAAGUUGUAGUUUCGUGGUGGAAAAACUCUACUUCCACCUUCAAUACAGCCGUGGCUGGGGCACGUGGAAGCGGGUGCCCAUCUACGUGAUCUUCAUCUAUGCUUGGGAGUUUUCCUGGGGUCUGGGACUUCGCAUGUGUGGGGCCUGUUCCUGGGACUAUUCUCACUACCCGCUUAAUUUCAUGGGUCUCAUCACCUUGAUGUAUUUACCCGGUUGGCUGUUUCUUAGUGUGUACCAGGACCUACUGUCCAACGUGUUGUGGCGGGUGCAGUAUGUCCCAACGAACUAAGUUUGGGGGGAUGUGGGGGUGAAGAAAAGAAAGUUAUUGGGAUCUGAAAAAUGAUGCAAUUUAUUUUUACACAUUUUAAACAAGGUGGCUUUGCUUUCUGUCUUUUAAUUUUUUUAUACACUUUACUAAACUCUUCCAACAUGUUCUUGACAUUUUAGUUUUCUGGACUGCUUGGAAUCUCUAUAUGUAAAGUUCAGUACUUUGGAAUGUUACUCAAAAAUAACUCAGAAUAUUUAACUCAUCAACAAUUAAAACUUUAUGAGGCCAAACAGCAAAACCACUCGACCUUAACAUCAGGAACGGGUAGUAUUCACGUGACCUCCAGGAGCGAUAGCUACAUAUUUUUUUGUUCCUCUGCGGAAGUUUUCAGACCAGAGAACAGUGACGACUUCAAGUUUCUGAUGUAAUGAUCUGUUUACUUUCUUUUCGAUGCAAUUUCAUUUCCACCUUCUUUCCAUGUUUACCCAGUGGCGGCUGAAACUCCAUGUCUUUUACUUCAGAAACUUCAGUCCACAGCUAUUAAAGUGCCUCUGUCCAGCAUACAGGUGAGAGGAAGCUGGCAAGUGUGAAAACAUCCCAUGAACACAUUUUGACAUGAGGAAGUCCUUUCUGUCAACCCCAGUAGGUGACACUGUGUUGAGAUAUUUGAUCACUAUCUUGGAAAUGAUUGCUUUCCAAUGUUGGCUAGCCUUAAACACUACCUGUGUUAACAUUGACCAGACCAUGGUGUUAUCUAAACUUUUGUAACUGUGCAAUAACUUACUCUUUACCCUAUAUGUCCCAGGGUCAAGUGACUUAGACCACCUUCAAUAGUGUUAUAACUCUAAGGACCCUUUUUCUACACAGAGUUUCAAAUAUAGAAAAAGUGCUUUGGAAAAAAAAAUCUGAAUUCUCCCUCUAAUUACAUUAGGCCUAAUCGUUUUCUCUACUAAUUGAUGUGUUUUCUCCAUAUUUUCCCUAAAGUUCCCUUUUUUUAAAAAAAAAUAAAAAUUCCAGGCCCAGAAUUUGGGGUCAGGCUGAUGCAGUAAUGGACAGUAUAAAUCCAUGAUAGCUUUUUGACAGCUUAUGAUUAAUUCAUGUCUAAAAGCUUCAAAGUUAAAUGAGAUGAUGGAAGCCAUUCUAAGAAGUUAUAUCUAAUUGAUUAAUAAUGUGCUCUGAGGGUGUUUGUUGCUUUAUUGUAUUUAGAAGACCAAGCAGGAUGGUGUGUGGCUCAGGCAAGGAUGACCAAUAACCUCUCAGCUUUCAGUACAAAGAUAAUUAGGAAAACUUAGAACGUGUCUUAAUGAGUUUAAAUCUUCAACUCGCCUGUGCUGUAAACAGGGAUGCUUUUGUUUCAAGGAAAGGAAACGUUGCUAUGAAAGUAGAAAAGACUGUAUAUUUACACGUGAUGUCCAGUUCUGAUGAUGUUAUAGUCAUCUAUCCCCUGAGCUAAACUAUAAGUAAUAAUGUGUAAUCAACCGCCGCUGUGAAAUGGAUGACGACCAACUAAUUUAUCAGCCAAAAGUUAAAAGGCUCUAUGUCUACCAAAGGCUUCUCGUAAGAUUUUUAUGACAGUUUGUCACAGGUCAAAGGUUUCUGAAUAAUGCUUGAGGGGAAACUUAUCUAAAUAGAGGCAGUAAAGCUAGACACUGGACGAGGUGUUUGUACUUCAAAUGGGACACGUGCAUGGGAAUCUAAGUUUAGUGUAUCACGGCUGCACAUCGCACACCCCUGGCAAGGUCAAGUCAGCGCCAGGGCUGUUGAAACGCUUAUUAAACUGUUUGCACUCACCCCCUGCAUCUGCUGCUCUCAGAGCCACAGAGGAGCCCACUAGGCUCCUCUGACUCACAAAAAUCCCAUGUAGGAACACAUGACAUUUUGUUCUCCUUUUAACACUUCCCCAUCAAAAGGACCAAGCAAGUUUUCACUCAUUAGACUUCUUUAAAUAUAGUACCCAGACACUUUCCAGGUCCGAAUGGAUACGGCAAUGAACCACUAGACAAAUCUUUUUCCUUAUGAAGUUGGCAACCUGUUUUGAUUUAUUUCAAAUUACACUCCUCUUCUUGUUGUUGCUGCUGCUGCUGCUGUUGUUGUUGUUGCUGUUGCUGUUGUUGUCGUGCAAGACUGUUGGUUUGGUAAUGAGUAAUGAAUAGCUGGAGUUGUAACUCUCAUCAGUUCUGUCCCACGAACACAACAAUCCCUCAUUCCUAAAAUUAACCCGACUAACAGUCCCUCUGCCACUUCUGAAAAAUGCUAGUUGUGUCUUCAGGAAGUGAUUAGCCUGUCUGGCAACUCGGUGCAUUGUUUUAGGGCUUCUCAUUGUGUGUUUGCUCCACUUUUUAAGGGAGUCAUUUUGCUAUGGUCUUUGAACCUUCAGGAAAAGAAAACUGUCAGAUCAUUUAACUUGGUUAGUAUUAGUAGUUUAGAAGUGGGAGUGAUAAGGCAGUAUGAUAGUUAAUAUUUAAAAAGCAUUUGCUAUGUGACAAAACUUCCCUAAAGUGUUUAUGUAUGUGUAUUAUAUAGAUAUCAAAUGAAGAACACAUUCUUAUAUACUAUGCCUUAAGUGAAUAUGCAUAUAGUAUAUAUUUUAAGUACAUAUUCAUAUAUGUGUAUAUAUUCACUUAAACUUGCAACAAUCCUGCUUUUAUAGAUGAAGGCAAUAAAACUGAAGCCCAAGAUAUACCGCUUUGGCGCAUUUAUAUUUGAAUUAAUGAACGCUGGAUUCCUCGGUUUACUAUUUAACAGCAGCUUGACUGUGCCUCAGUCUAAUGGCCUCAGCGAGUUAGACCUCGUCUGGACUGUACUUCCCUUGACUGUUAGAGUUGCACAGACAACUGUAUAGAAGGCAGACAUUGUUUGCAAAGGAUUCACGUUGCUCUUUUAGUAUAUGGUUCAUAAUGAAGUAAUUAAUAUCAGGAUAAAUAGUCGACAAUCAGCCUUUUACAUUUAAAUACAAUGCCUUAUAUUUAAUCAGUGCCCUGAAAGGAAGUGCAUUCUGUAAGCUAAAAUUCUCUGCAACACAAAAAAAAAUAUAAAACUAACGUGCUAAGAUGCAAAGUAGGUCAUAUCACAAGGUACGAAUAUAUAUAAUAUUGAUCACUGUUAUACGUUAAAUAUUGUACCUAAGGCAGAUACCAUUGUAAGAACUAAAUACACCCAAAGUGAGAAAAGUUUCGGUCAACUGUGGUGACACACAACUGUAAUCCUAGAACCGAAGCUGCUGCAGCAGGAGGAUUGCAGGUCUGAGGUCACUCUAGGGUACAUAAUGGCAUCCUGCCUUUUAAAAGGAACUACUUUUACAAAGACAUUUAUUCUGAGUUAUACUGAGAAAAUAUACUCUUAAUGGGAAAGCAUAAAAGUAACAAGUGUGCUUAACAUAUAUACAUGCUGAGAUUUCCUUUUAGAAGUACUUGAAAUUUUAAAUCAAUUCCAUUAAUUUCUGUGAAUCUAAAGAGGAAUAUAAGCUCUUGAAUUUUCCUGUUAACAAUGGAUACAGAAGUCCAGAUAUCAAAGAAAACCCCAAUAAAGUUAACACCUUGCAUUACUUCGA